AAAAAAAAAGAAGAAGGGAAAAAAACCUCCCGCCGUUUGUUUCAGCGAGUCUUGCGAAACGUAGACUGGUUUUUGAAUGUGCUCAUUUAUACCGGCAAGGCAUAAAAGGAGAGAGAAAAAGGGCCGACCUCUCUGGAUCGGUCGGAAGCUGUACUCAGCAAAAGUCGCAGCGUUUGAAGGUCGUCGGCGAUGAAAGGCAAAGGUAGACCAUGGAGUCUCGGGAAAAAGGUAGGGUUGCCGGUCGUCUUCCUCUCAUGCUCUGUUUUUUUCCUUGCCGGCUUCUUCGGAGCCAUGCUUCUCUCUCAGGACAUUUCCAGCUUCCGACCAAAUUCGAGGACACUCGAAUCAGUCGAUGAUGAAGAGUACGAGUCCAUGCCACACGGCUAUACUGGGGAAAGUUCUAUUGAUUCGAUCCCCUUUCAGGUUUUAAGCUGGGCACCUCGUGCUUUAUAUUUUCCUGAUUUUGCCACUGCAAACAAAUGCCAACGCAUAAUUGAAAUGGCAAGGGCCAACCUUAAACCCUCAUCGUUAGCUUAUCGAAAAGGAGAGAAUGCUGAAAACACCAAAGGAAUAAGAACAAGUUCAGGAACAUUUAUUAGUGCAUCAGAAGAUGAAACUGGAACCUUAGACAUCAUUGAGCAAAAAAUUGCAAAGGUUACAAUGAUUCCGUGGACCCAUGGAGAGGCAUUUAAUAUCCUGCGCUAUGAGGUUGGGCAGAAGUAUAAUUCUCACUAUGAUGUGUUCAACCCGGCUGAAUAUGGCCCACAAAAGAGCCAAAGGAUUGCUUCCUUCCUAUUGUAUCUAUCUGAUGUUGAAGAAGGAGGGGAAACCAUGUUCCCUUUUGAGAAUGGUUUGAACAUGGAUGGUGGCUAUGAUUACAAAAAGUGUAUUGGGUUGAAAGUGAAGCCACGAAGAGGAGAUGGGCUUCUUUUCUAUUCAGUAUUCCCAAAUGGUACAAUUGAUCAGACAUCCCUUCACGGAAGCUGUCCAGUGAUUAAGGGGGAGAAGUGGGUGGCAACAAAAUGGAUUAGAGAUCAAGAACAAGAUGACUAAGGUGGUAUAGCAUUUAUUAAAAAAGGGGCGGUAUUUAGCGUGUACUUGUGUUUUUUCGAGGUCAUUUCUAAGUAGGUCUUACUUUUUGUAAAGCCGAGUGGAUGCUUUUUAACCUCAAAAUGCAUAAACAUGUGCUUUAGAUUUUUUUUUCUCUUGCUUAACCAUAAACCCAGAAAUGUUUUCUGGGAAUGGUUUGUUUCACCGUCCAAACCACAUAAUUAAAAUUCAUUUCUUGUA